GGGGGAGAGUCAUGGCUCGGCGCGGCUGGCUGCGGGCGCCGCUCCGCCGCGGCGUCGGCGACGCCGGCCCCCGGGCCCGUGGGCUCACGCGGCCGCUCUGGUUGCUCCUCGCAGUGGGCGUCUUCGGCUGGGCCGGGGCUUCGGACGGCGCUGGGGGAGCGGCGAGAGCCAUGGACGAGGAGAUCGUGUCAGAGAAGCAAGCCGAGGAGAGCCACCGGCAGGACAGCGCCAACCUGCUCAUCUUCAUCCUGCUGCUCACGCUCACCAUUCUCACGAUAUGGCUCUUCAAGCACCGCCGGGCCCGCUUCCUGCACGAAACCGGCCUGGCUAUGAUUUACGGUCUUUUGGUGGGCCUUGUGCUUCGAUAUGGCAUUCAUGUUCCAAGUGAUGUAAAUAACGUGACCCUGAGCUGUGAAGUGCAGUCAAGCCCAACGACCUUAUUGGUAAACGUUAGUGGAAAAUUUUAUGAGUAUACGCUGAAAGGAGAGAUUAGUUCCCAUGAACUCAAUAACGUUCAAGAUAAUGAAAUGCUUAGGAAGGUUACUUUUGAUCCGGAAGUAUUUUUCAACAUAUUACUUCCUCCUAUCAUAUUUUAUGCGGGAUAUAGUCUGAAAAGAAGACACUUCUUUCGAAACCUUGGGUCUAUCCUAGCAUACGCUUUUCUUGGAACUGCAAUUUCUUGUUUUGUAAUUGGAUCGAUAAUGUACGGCUGUGUAACACUGAUGAAAGUAACCGGACAACUUGCGGGAGAUUUUUACUUUACAGAUUGCCUGCUCUUUGGUGCCAUUGUAUCGGCAACUGAUCCAGUGACUGUUCUUGCCAUAUUCCACGAGCUUCAAGUUGAUGUUGAACUCUAUGCACUUCUUUUUGGUGAAAGUGUCCUCAAUGAUGCUGUUGCCAUAGUGCUAUCUUCCUCAAUAGUAGCAUACCAGCCAGCUGGAGACAACAGCCACACCUUUGAUGUCACAGCCAUGUUCAAGUCUAUUGGGAUUUUCCUUGGAAUCUUCAGUGGAUCUUUUGCAAUGGGUGCUGCUACUGGAGUGGUGACAGCUUUAGUGACAAAAUUCACCAAACUACGGGAGUUCCAGUUGUUAGAGACAGGCCUGUUCUUCCUGAUGUCCUGGAGCACCUUCCUCUUGGCUGAAGCUUGGGGUUUCACAGGUGUGGUCGCAGUGUUGUUUUGUGGCAUCACACAGGCCCAUUAUACGUAUAAUAACUUGUCCACGGAGUCUCAGCAUAGAACUAAACAGUUGUUUGAGCUUCUCAAUUUCUUGGCAGAGAAUUUCAUCUUCUCCUACAUGGGACUGACACUCUUCACCUUCCAGAACCAUGUCUUUAACCCAACAUUUGUAGUAGGAGCAUUUAUUGCUAUUUUCUUGGGAAGAGCUGCCAAUAUUUACCCCUUGUCUCUCUUACUUAAUUUGGGGAGAAGAAGUAAGAUUGGAUCAAAUUUUCAACACAUGAUGAUGUUUGCUGGUCUUCGUGGCGCCAUGGCAUUUGCCUUGGCCAUUCGAGAUACUGCCACUUAUGCCCGGCAAAUGAUGUUUAGCACCACCCUUCUGAUUGUGUUUUUUACUGUGUGGGUGUUUGGUGGUGGCACCACGGCCAUGCUGUCAUGCUUGCAUAUAAGGUACUGUGCUAGACUCUGGGGAGACAGAGCUGACCUGGGACCUGGCCUUUACCCUCAAGGAGUUCACAGUCUGUUUGGGGAGACUGACCGGGUUGGUGUUGAUUCAGACCAAGAACAUUUGGGUAUUCCUGAAAGUGAAAGAAGAACCACCAAAGCAGAGAGUGCCUGGCUUUUCCGGAUAUGGUACAACUUUGAUCAUAACUAUCUGAAGCCUCUGCUGACGCACAGUGGGCCUCCUCUUACGACAACCCUUCCUGCCUGCUGUGGACCGAUUGCGAGAUGCCUAACCAGCCCCCAGGCUUAUGAAAACCAGGAACAGUUGAAAGAUGAUGACUCCGAUCUUAUCCUCAAUGAUGGUGACAUUAGUUUGACGUAUGGGGAUUCUACCGUCAACACCGAAUCGGCAACAUCCGGAGCCCCGAGGAGGUUUGUGGGAAACAGCUCUGAAGACGCCUUGGAUCGGGAGCUCGCACUUGGAGACCACGAACUGGUCAUUCGGGGAACACGCCUGGUUCUUCCUAUGGAUGAUUCUGAACCCCCGUUAAAUUUGUUAGAUAAUACGAGACAUGGUCCAGCCUAGGCUCACUAAUUACUCACUUAAGUGAUCUGUAAAAUUUGCACAUGUGAUCAUGAAGAAAUUCGUACUACCUAAAAAGUCCCAGUGCAUGUCUCUGAAUGUUUAAGCUAUAUAAAUGCUAUUUAUAUGGCCUCGAAAGACUAUAAAUACCCUGCACCAGGCAGAUUGUGAACAAAAUAUUCUUUUACGUCCUCUUGGCUGCACUAUGUAGACCGGAGCUAUUUUAGAAAGUUAAUUUCACAGUGAUGUCAUGUGUUCUUUUAGCUUUAUGUCUCAGUUCAAGUGUGCAAGGUGACAGAUUGACUCUUAUAUUUACCUGACACUUAACCAGAGUACCAAGUUCUUGUGAUGUGAAUUCAUUUUGUUUUGUGGGAGGGGAGGGGGAGGGAAGAGGGAGUGUUAUUUCUGGGGAGCCCAGGCCGGAGGAGCUCCUGUGUCGGGGAAACUUGGGUUGAUUGCUGCUGCCUUCUUCAGUCGUCACUUCUUUCUUUCCUGUUUGUCUGUUGUGGUGCGAGAGGCGGAUCUUGCCCCAUUCGGGUUGGGGAGUGAAGUGCAAGGCCCUCUCCCCCUCGCAGUGAAAGAGCAGGUUUGGGGGCUUCAGUGCAGUGCUCUUCGGAAAAGCAGGCUGCAGAUGACCUCCAAGACUCGGUUUCUUUUCUUGCAGACCAAGACCUUGGAAGGAGUUGCGUGGCGCAGCGCUCUUAGCCAAAGCACAGCUCUUUGGUUCAGAGCCCUUGAUUUCCAUCUGGAGGGGCAGCGAGGGGCAGAGGCCUGGAGGGGAGGGAGGAGAGUGGCGGUUUCAGAGAGCUCUCUUCCCAACUGUGUAAAUAUUCUGUACCAGAUCAGUUGAAGUAAGAAAUUCAGUUGCUGCUUACUUUUUGAUUGUGUACUUUAUCUGUAUAGUAAGCUUUGUGGUCAGAAGUUUUUUUUAUAUCAAUUUAAAUUGCUGCUCUUUAGCAGCCAAACAGGAGCAAAAUGUAAAAUUUUUGAACUUACUGUGUCUAAUCGUCCUUCGUUAGUCUGUCAUUGAUGUGAAAAGUUAAUUUAUAAACCCAUGAGCGCUCCACACUACACCCAAGCCAGUCCUGGGAGAAACAGAAGGCUCCGCGGCGAGCUUACCGCAUGGGCCUGGCCUCGCUCCUCUGUGUGCACCGUGUGUCGUUGUCGUUAUUUGCGUGUAACUUUUUCAUAGGAGAUACCUGAGCUGCCAUGUUUGUUUUGUUUUCGUCUUUCACAGUUUUCAAGCAAGAGUGCAUAACAAUUUCCCAUUGCAUGUUGAGAGUGAAAGCGAGUUCUAUUUUGUAAGGCUGAAAAUACCCAAAGGUGCAUUGAAUGCUUAGCAGGGGGGAUCCUUUCUGAUGUCGAUUCUGACCUGUAAGUGUUUCAGAAGAAAAAUAGAAACUCUUGUGGGCUUGCCCCCCUCAGGCCUGAAUAGCAUUGCCUUAAAUCUUACCCAAUUUGAAAAAUGGAUUUGUUUACAUGAUGGUCAAAUUGUCCCAAACAAAUUAUGUAUGUAUGUUCCCGAAGGUUUCCUUGCUGUGAUGCAAACACUCCUUCUGAUUUUAAGGGAAUUCUAGUGUUGGACCCUUGAGUGGCAGCUCUAACUGUUGGCAUUGCCAUUUGUCAUGUAGUGGUAGCGACUUUCCUGCCAUGCAGGAACCCCGUGAAGUGUGCAUUUUCUAUGAUGUGUGCCUCUUCAUGCAGUAAUAAUUUCUUGUCAAUGUGUGUUUGAGGGACUUUGAACUUCAGCGUCACUUACCCGUUAAGUCAUUCACGUUGUAAAAUGUUAUACAAGAAAUUAACAACUACCUUUUUUUAUCCUAUCAAGUUACCGAGCUCACUUUGUGAAAAUGGCUGUAAAUAUUUAGCAUGACAAAUUCAGUAACUCCUCUGUUUCAGCAUGCAUGAGACUUUCUAGGGAAACCGGUAAAGCUUGAGUCAACUAAAUCUGCCUUCGUACUUUAUCAAAGGGGAACCAAGUCUGCUGUGCUCAGCUCAGCAUCUGGAAGGUUCUCCUCUCCUCUAAUCUGUGUGCACAUCUCCAAGCAAAGAAGAAAAAAGAGAAAAAACCACCUCUGCUCACACACAUCUGUUGGUUUGAGACACCUGGAUGAACUUGGAUGAGGGACGGUCUGAGUUCCCAUCAUGCACAAGUACAACUGUUCUUGGACUUGUUUUUCUGUUCUUUGUGGACCCUACAUGUUUGAAUGACUUGAACGUUGCAUCUUUUCAAGUUAUUUUCUAAGGUUCCUUGGCGUUUGAUCCUAGUUGUCCGUGUUUGGCAGUGUGCUGUUAAAGUAAUAGACUUUUAAUCUUUAUGUAUUUUUUUGUUUUCCCUUGGAGUAUUUGGACAGAUGUUAUAGUGGUUUCUUUUAGGAAAAUCUGUCAUUAAAAAAAUUAUAGCCUUGCAAAGAA